CAACAAAUGAACGUUUGAAUAGAGCUUUGUAUUUUUAAGUAAUGAGCCCUGCAUGGGUACAACUAUCUCGCUGCACUCUCAGUAGAGACUCUGCAUUCGCGUUACUAUGAUGAAGAUUCUUGUGUUUUCUAUGCUUCUUGGCCUCGCAGCAGCCAAGUCUAUUGAUGUCAAAGACGAUCCUUUCACUACUGGCGAACCCUCGACUUGGGAGCCUAUGACUGGCGCACCCUCGACUUGGGAGCCUAUGACUGGCGCACCCUCGACUUGGGAACCUUGGACUGACGGACCAGGGCCGUACCCUACUGAUGGACCGGGACCACACCCUUCUCAUGGACCGGGACCACACCCUUCUCAUGGACCGGGACCACACCCUUCUCAUGGACCCGGACCACACCCUUCUAGCGGACCAGGUGUUAACUGGUUUGGACGAUUUUUACGGCUGCUUCAUAAUUCAGUAAAGACUGUAAAAGCAGAUGAGCACCCUGAUCUUAAGUACAGAGAGCCUGGCGAGAAAUUCGUCGAAAAGCUCUUAGAAGUCCGUAAAGCGCUGAUUCAGCUGUCCAAGCCCGGACGCGAGCUCGUCAAGCUCAUGAUUAAAGACCAUGUCGAAAUGAUGCAGCGAGUUCACCAAGCCACCCAAAAAGAUGAUAUUCACCAAGCCAAGCACGUGGUCGGCGAAUAUUUCAUCGCCAUCAACCGUCGCAUUUCACUGCUCGCAAUGCAUGCUGCGUCCAAAGGAUUGUUCGACGACGUUGGAGACAUGGGCCACAAGGAACUGAAAUCAGUCGUGAAGCGAUCGAUGGAAGAGCAUCACGCGAAGGCAGCCUCGGCUUACUUCAUGCGUUACUUCAAUGAGUACAGAGUCAGCGACGGUCUACUGGACGGUCCGUUUGUGAAAAUGGGUGUUGAGACGGUCAAAGAGACAAUGCAGUUUGUGAAACAGAUGAUUAAAUCCACAGGAAUCACGAAGAAUGUAUACUUUGACAUGCUCAACGACCUGAUCCGCCUGUCGGUAGACAUGCAUAACCAUCAUGGCGCCGUAGACAGGGCCGGUGCGGGUGUCUUGUCCAUCCAAAGACGAUGCCUUAAAGUGCAUCUCGCCGUACACCAAGCCUACGCCUCCAAGCAGUGCCCCGCAGCACGCCAAUAAACCGUCGGAAACCUCCCAGACAUGGACAACGGAACUAAAGGAAUCAAAGAUUAAACGAACUUGUAAUACUGAUCGAUUCACUUUGCAGUUUUGAAGAAUAGAAUAAACGCACAGUGAAACAAAA